AAGUAUGGAACUUAGUAUGGUUCAGGUUUUGUAAACCAAUUGUUGCUGAUAAAUCAUCGAAAUCUCCCAAGAAUUCAUCGAAAUCUCCCGAGAAAUCAUCCAUCCAUCCUCUACGUUCCCGAUCCACCGAUGGACCUGGACCUGGACCGCAAGCAAAUCAAGCGUUGCGUCGUCGCCUUCCUGCCGCCGCCGGAGGAGGAGGAUGCCGGUGAGGAGAUCCGUGUGGUGCCGUGCCCUGCCGCUGCUGCGGAGGAGGAGAGGCGGCGAUCUUCCAAGAGGAAGGGGAAGAGGUGCGCCUCCAAUGGAAGCAAGCCUGCGGGGACGCUGGUGCCGGCCGACGGCGAGGAGAUGAUCCUCGUCCCGCCCGGGAAGCUCGCGCUGUCCAAGAAUCUGGUCGACAAGAUCCUCUCCCUGGAGAGGAUGGAGCUGCCCCACGUCGCCGACAUCGUCGACGACGGCAACCCGAACCCGUCAGAGGCGGACAAGGCGCUCAGGAGGUGCGUGCUCGACCUGGACAGGGACAACAAGAGGCACCAGGACAAGCUCGCCGCGUGCCAGGCGAUCAUACGGAGCGUUCGCCAUGGCAAGGGCUACGCCGUCGUCGACAACCGCCUCGACUUCAGGGUCGCCGUGUGCAGGGCCGAGGGCGUCUUCCUGCUCCCCUGCCAUGUCGCCGAUCUUAUCCCCGUGGGAUUUGAUCUUGUCUCCAAUUGAGUACUCCCUCCAUCAUAAAAUUUUUAUAGCAAUCUUAUAACGGAUGUUCUACUACAACAAAUCCUAGUAUAUUCAGAUUCGUUGUACUGGAUGGAUACAUUCUAGGACAAUAAAUCGGUUGCCAUAUUUUGAGACGGAGAGAUAAAGGUAUUUUGGGUGAACGUGACAUAUUCUAAGACAAUAAAGCUAGACAAAUUCUCUUACCAGAUUUAUUGUACUAAUGUGACAUAUGCACCUAAAAUUUCUUAUAAUUUUCACAAUGAAUGCAACUAAAUGUAUUUCCAUUUA